CGACCAGCUGACGCCAUCAACACAACAUACCCUACGGCCCAUCAGGGGCGCAUCCCAUCCCUCGAUCGUCGUCGCCCUUCAACCACCGACUAACUACCUCCACAGCCCAGUCUCGUCGCUGCCCAAAACAACAAUUGGACACCUGAUGCUUUGUCGUAUGGGGUCACUGGGUGUCGAUAGACAGUCUUCUAGUUGGGUUUCUGUGUGGAGUGGGAGGUUCUCGCCUCCCUGGGGGACGCCUGUGUCGCCGGGCACUUGUUGUGAAGUGCAUUUGUCUGCCGUAGCCCGAGACGGCAGUUUUUUCACCGCCGAGUGACGACGUAUAGCCUGCUUCUGUAAUCACUGUCGCUGCUCCUAAUCCUACAAAAAGAACAGCAACAUCCGUUCCUUGCUGUCAGUCAACUCGGUUUUUCGUUGAGAAGAAAAACUUUAAUGUAAACUGAAUGUUUCAGGAAGAAGAGGAAACAACACCUGAGGGCACAAAAGUUAACACCGACGCAUCACUCAACAUCAUUCUAAUAGUCACUGAAGAAAAACUCAUUCGAGCUGCAUAAAGAUCCUUCACAGUCAAGUGCUCGUAUCAAGUCUAACUCCAAGAAAUUGGGCUAUAACUUUUGUUGAUUUACUCCACGUUUAAAUUACACCAGACUUUUAUCUGAAUUUAUUUGAUGGCCAACAUCUCUAGUGUCCUCGACAGGGUUAGAAAGCCAGCAGAUUGUAAAAGAUCCCUACCCUACCAUUGUUCCUGAGAUCAUUUUGCCAGCUGGAUUUUGAACUGCAGUAAUGACUUGGCACUUACAGCUUCUGCAGGUAGGCAGUUUCAUGGGUUUAUAACCCUAUGGGUGAAAAGGCAUGUCCUAUUUUCUGUCCUUCAUUGUGGCCUGUUGAGCUUGAAGCCAUUGCCCCUUGUAUGUGUUACAUGUGAUCUUUUAAAGAAGUGGUCUGUAUUAAUAUUGUCUGCAAGCCACUGGGUGAUUAUAUAAUCUACCAGGUUCGACGUGUCUGGAGGAGGGUCUAAGGCUCUCCACCCUGGGGGGUAACCACAGGUGGCCAAGCAUCUACCACAAUACCCAAGCCCUGUCUAAUUGUGCACAGCGACAAAUUGUCUCAGAUUCGUGACACGUGCAGUCAUCAGGCAGGCGGACACCUUCAUGCCAACUGCACGUACCAUAGAUUGGAAAAGAUAUCUUCAUACAAGUUGCAGAUCUGGGGAAGCAGAUAUUUAAGUACAAGUAAGGAAACCUGAGUAUCAAAGAAGAAAGAAGUGAAGAGCAAUCAGAAUUUCAUACACACUGCCUGCAUCAUAAAGAAUGGCUUCAUUUAAAAGAAAAAGAAAUGAAGGGGAAAAUCUUAUACUUCCCAAUGAUAGACAAGAAAAUUGCAGCAAUUCAAUAAAACAAGGAAAGCAGGAGCCAAGACAAAAUUCCAUUAUUGGCCAUUUUGAGGUCCAUCCUCGCAACAAGUAUAAUUUUGCUGCAGCUGUGCUGCGGAGGCCAAUGUUCAUCGGUGACUUUUGUUUGGAUGAAAAAAGAAAAUUUUGUCAAGAUAAGCGAAACCUCCACUUUAUAAGUGUCAAUUGGAAGGAGUCUAAGAAGGUGGAGUAUGAUCUGAAUGUGAGCCUUGAUAAAGUGACAAGAAAAGAUUUUGAAGAAACGCAACAUGAAAAACUGGACCGUUUGUUGGAAUGGAUUCUCCACAACUCCUUUAAGUUUCACACAAAAGAAUCUACUGGAAAAUCACUUAAAUGCCUUUCAACAGACUUCAUCUGCUUUAGGGGAUUAAUGACAGAGCUUCUGUGCACUCCAUAUGAAAGAGAAGGCUGGAUUGUCUGUGCCACAAAAUUCUGUAACACUAUAUAUUUAUGUGCAUAUGAUACCCCAGAGAAGCACACCCGACGAGAGAAUGAGACGGACGUGCAGAAGCAGAUGUCUUCUUGGGGAUACAAAUUUGAACAAUAUAUGACUGAUGGAAGUAACCUAUCAGGAGGAGUAAAUGAAAAUGAAGAGUACUGCUGCGUGGUACGAUCACGUUUGGACAAUCACUCUCUUGUGUAUGGAGCAGAAGUGGAUGGAGCUGAUCCCUCCCAAUAUAAAACACCUCAUGCUGACCUUAGAGCUUUUAUAGAGCUUAAAACUAGUAAAGAAAUCAUAGCAGACAAAGAUUAUCGCAAUCUAUACAGGUAUAAGUUCAUGAAAUGGUGGAGUCAAUCAAGUCUAGUUGGAAUACCAAGAGUUGUAUGCGGUUUUCGAGAUGCAAAAGGCACAGUUCACACGCUGGAGACAUACAAUGUUGAAGACAUGCCAUUCAGAGGACAGGACUACUGGAAGCCAAAUAUAAUGCUGAACUUUCUCAAGAAAUUCUUGGAUUUUGUUAAAUACUCUGUGCAUGAAGAUAAUCCCAAAGCAGUGUAUAAGUUUGAGAGAGAGAGUAAUGGAGGCAACAUAACUUGUACAUAUUUAGGCUUUGACCCUGAAUGGACAUUUUUACCAGCCUGGUUUUAUGAGAAAGUCUUUCGUGAUGACCAAAAGGUGAAAACAGUGACAGGGAGUGAACAUAAUUGAAAGAGAGUCUCUGAUUAAAGUUUUUUGGCAAUGGACUGCCUAUUCAGAGUGAAGAGUGAGAGAAAGUGAUACAGGUUAAAAUGAUUAACUUCAACAUUUUUCUAUAGCCUGGAAUGUAAAGGUUUAUUGUAUUACAGUAGUGUUUUUCUCACACUAGUAUUGCACUAGUAUCUCAUUAUAUAGCUCGAAGUUGAUACGUUCUCAUAGUGAUUUCAUUUGCUGCAUCAAAUUCCACUCAACCUCUCCCUCCCAGUAAAAAUAUCAGCAGGUCUACAACCACAAUAAUGCAUAUAAAGGUUUGUGACUUACCUUACCACUUCAAAAUAGUAGUGAGGGUGAAAUAUCUAAUAAUAACUGAGAAACACAUUUAGAUACGUACAAAUUCAUCAUAAUCCAUCUUCAAAACUAUUUAAAACAAAAAAUAGAAAAGUCAUUUUAUUCUGUAUUUAUCAUUUUGAUCAUAUUAUAACUAUGAAUAACCAUAUGACAAUUCAGUCUAGCUAAUUUUGCCUCAAAAGCCACUAACUUUGACAAGCAGGACAACUCCAUGAUUCACGAUAAAUAUUAUGCUCUUAUUUUUAUUUUUUUUUUAUAUAUAUUAUGUCCCCAAAAUAUUUGUUUGUGAGGAUUUUUGGUGGUCUGGGAACACAUCUCCCAUUUAUAGCAUUGACCAUAUGGAAAAUCUCUCUCCACACUUAUAGCAUUGACCAUAUGGAAAGUCUCUCUCCACACUUAUAGCAUUGACCAUAUGGAAAAUCUCUCUCUACAUUUUGAACAACUGCUUUAUGAACACAUUCUCAGAAUGUAACUUGUUCAUAUUAAGGGAACUGUCUGUACUCAUACAUGCACAGUUAUUGUUGAAACCAAAAAUGUAAAAUGAUUAAUAACUUUCUCACCAUGCUGCAAUGUCAGUGUGGGAGUCAAUGUGAUUGACUCCCACCCUCCAUCACCCCAACACCCUGCAAUAUGCUGACAUGCUCUCUUACCUCAUGAUGCCAGGGGCUUGUACCACACUCAUAUGUUGUCAAUUUCAGUCUAAUACCUUACCACUACAAAAAAGUAGUGAAGUGAAAUAUCUUAUAAUAACUGUGAAACACAUUUAGGCAUGUACAGAUUCAUCAUAAUCCAUCUUCAAAACUAUUUAAAACAAAAAAUAGAAAAGUCAUUUUAUUAUGUAUUUAUCAUUUUGACCAUGGUAUAUGUUAGAUCAAUCAUUGGUGAACAAUGAUUCAGGGUGUUCAAGGUGUUACUUGAAGGUUGAGUUAUAGCAUGUCGUGGAGAGGGUUGCUGAGUGGUUGCUGCAACUACAGCUGGAAUAGAAGGUUCGGUGGGCGUAUCUGUGGUUCCUUGAUGUAAUGCAUCUAAUUUACAGUGCAUUUAAUGCAGUAAUUAACAAUAACCCAGAGACUAAGCCAGCCAUUCAACCAGCAUUGGUAUUAGAAUUUGAGUAUUGAUAUAUGGCUUGAAAGCAUUUUUAUAUCUUGUUGGGUAAUUUUGUGUAUAUUUCGAGUUGUCUAAAUAUAAUACUUGUAUAAUAAAUUCUCAUUUUAAUA